CCUUUCUUAAAAUAUGUGUAGCUGUGGCUUGCUUUUAUCAUUUUUUCCUUUCUUUUUUUUUUAUUAUUUUCUUAAAUAGUAUGAGUAUGUAAAGAAAUGAAAGGCCUAAAAGAUAUUUAUGAGGUAAGACAAGGUGGAGGAGCAAAAGAAGGGAGAAGUAAGCGAGCAAGUGAUCGACUAGCUAGCGCCCGAGCUUAAUCAGUUUGGACUCCACAAAUUUGAAUAGUCAAAAAGAAGAAAAAACAAAAAAAAAAAAAGGGAAAAAAAAGUAAAAGGAAAAGAAAAGUGUUUUGGAGAGCAAGUUAUGGAACAAAUUAUGACUAUUGCUGAUUGGAUUGCAACAAUUGCCGAGUAUACAGUUCAACCAAUCGUACGCCAAGUUUGCUAUGUGGUUCAAUACAAAUCAAAGAUAGCAGAUCUAGAAACUCAAGUUAGGAACUUGGAUUUACUGAAAGGCAGGGUGCAGCAUUCUGUGGAUGAAGGUGAGAGAAAAAAUAAAAAAGCUGAAGACGAUGUCAAAAAGUGGUUCGAAAAUGUUGGCGAGGUUAUUGAAAAGGCAAACAAAUUCUCUGAAGAGGCAAACAAAUUCGUUGAAGAAGAACAUCAAGCAAACAUGAAAUGUCUCCAUGGGUGUUGUGCAAAUCUGAAGCCUCGUCAUCAACUUGGCAGGAAAUCAACAAAAAUAAAGAAAGAGGUUGCCGAGUUACGGACAGAGGGUGAAAAAUACACCACCCAACUAGUUUCAUACCGUGCUUCUCUUCCAGAGACAUGGAACACAUCUACCACAUCUGAGGCAUUUCAAUCAAGGACAUCAAUUAUGAAUAGCAUCAUAAAAGAAUUGUUGAGACCUGACAUCAACAUUAUCGGAGUGUAUGGAUUGGGUGGUGUGGGGAAGACCACACUUGUCAAACAAGUUUCUGAUCAUGUUCAACAAAGCCACUUGUUUGAUGAGGUGGCUAUGGCAACCGUCUCUCAGAACCAGGACCCCAAAAGAAUUCAAGGAGAAAUUGCUGACAAGUUGGAUUUGAAGUUUCAACAAGAGACCAUAGCUGGAAGAGCAUUGAAUUUGAAAGAAAGGACAAGAAACAAGAAGAUUUUGAUAAUCUUAGAUGAUAUUUGGACAAAACUUAAUUUGGAGGUCGUGGGACUUGAACCUGUUGGGGGAUGUAAAAUCUUAGCAACCUCUAGAACUCGAGAAGUGUUAUCCGAAACGGGUACACGAAAUGAAUUUAAGCUUGAAGUUUUACAUGAGCAAGAAAGUUGGAUUUUAUUUGAGAAGAAGGCAGGGGAUGUGGUAAAAGAUCUGGCUAUAAGAAAUAUAGCUGUUGAAGUAGCCAAAAGAUGUUCAGGUUUGCCGGUUUUAAUCAUCUCAGUUGCAAGUUCUUUAAGAAGUAAAAACGAAUAUUCAUGGAAAGAUGCUUUGGAAAGUCUAAAAAAGAUUGACAGGAAUGAAAUGCAAGAAAAAUCAUACUCAGUUCUAGAGUGGAGUUACAACCAGUUACGUGAUAACGAGGCAAAGUCAUUUUUCUUGCUAUGUGCAAUGACUGUGGUAGGAAACGGAGUUUCACUCAGAGACUUGUUGAUGUAUAGUUUUGGCUUGGGUAUACUUAGAAAUAUGGAUACUUUGGAGAAAGCACGUAAUAGAUUGUAUUCAUUAGUUGAUUACCUUAAAGACUCUUGUCUAUUGCUUGACGGUGAAGAUGAUCAAUAUCCCGAAAUGCAUGAUGUUGCCCGUGAUGCUGCUCUAUACAUUGCUAGAAAAGAGCACCAGGUUUUAUCAGUAACAAAGGGAAAUGAGUUGAAAACAUGGCCCGAGAAGGAUUUUUCAGAGGAUUGCAAUAUGAUUUUUUUCGAUGCCGGCAGUACUAUCCCAGCUGGGCUUCCUGCAAAGUUGCAAUGUCCAAAGCUAAAAUUGUUUCUUCUUGUAAAUAAUGAUGAUAAGCCACUGGAAGUCCCAGAAAAUUUCUUUGAAGAGAUGAAGGAACUCAAAGUGCUGGAUUUAACAAGUUUUCGUAAUCUUCUACUGCCUCCAUCUUUUGUUUCCCUAACAAAUCUUCAAACAUUGUGUUUGGAAGAUUGCAUGUUUACGGAUGACGAUGAUGUCCUACCUAAAAUCGGUGAGCUACGGGGUUUACAAAUUCUUAGUUUGGCACGCUCUCAUGUUGGAAAAUUGUGCAAAGAAAUAGGACAGUUGACUUGUCUACGAUUGUUGGAUUUGAGCUAUUGCAUAAAGCUUGAAAUUAUUCCACCGAAUGUCUUAUCGAAUUUAAGCAGCCUAGAAGAGUUGAACAUGAAGUACAGCUUUAAAAAUUGGGAAGCCGAAGGAGUUACAGGUGAAAGACAAAUUAAUGCCAGUGUUUCAGAGCUAAAGCACUUGUCUCAGUUGACCACAUUGAACGUAAGUGUUGAGAAUGCUGACGCUUUGCCAACAAGCUUAUUCUCUGAUCAGUUAGAAAGAUUCAGAAUAAGUGUUGGUGGCGUGUUUCCUUUGAGGGAGUUUAUGGGCUAUGAAAACUCAAAGAAGCUAAGACUCGAACUCACAAGAAGCGAUCAAUUGGAUCAAAGUCUUAAAAUGCUUAUAAAGAAAUCUGAAAAUUUGUACUUGGAUCUGGUGGAAGGAGUUAGUAAUUGUAUUCCUCAACUAGACAGUGAGGGAUUUCCUCAACUGAAACGUCUCAACCUCCAAAAUCAUGCUGGUGAAAUGAAGCAUAUCAUUGAAUCAAUCAAUUAUACUCAUUCUGCCUUCCCAAAAUUGGAGUCACUACGUCUAUAUGAUGUCUCAAGUGUGGAAAGUAUAUGUUAUCCUCAGCUAGGAAUCGGCUCUUUUGGGAAACUAAGGACCAUAUGUGCUGACGGGUGCAGUGGAUUGAAGAAUCUUUUCCCAUUUUCUAUGGUCAAUUGCUUCUUGCAGCUUCAAGAAACGGAAUUGAGUUACUGUGACAUCUUAGAAGAGGUUUUUGUUGCAGAAAAAGUAGAUAAGAGUUUCAUUCGUCAAGACAUGGAUCCCACUGAGUUCUGUCAAUUGAAAGUUCUGAGUCUUGUACAUCUACCACAGUUUAUUGGCUUCUCCUCUAUAGGUGGCAGUGAAGAUGAGAUUCUUAAUAAUUCGGCACCACUUUUCAAUUGGAAGUUUAAAUUCCCUAAAUCAUUGGAGGUAUUAGAAAUGGAAGAGCUGGAUAGGCUUACGAGCAUAUGGCCUGAUCAUGACCAGCUUGCUCCUCCAGAAUUCACCUCCAAACUUACAAAAUUAUCAGCCGCCGACAAACAGUUGAAUAGCUAUCGAAAUCUGCGUAUAAUACGAGUCCAUAGAUGUCAGAGGCUCAAAUAUAUUUUUCCAGCCUCCGCCGCUAGAGGUCUUGAGCAGUUAGUGGAGCUGACUGUAACGAAUUGCAGGUCCAUCAAAGAAAUCAUUGCAAAAGAAGAAGGUGAUGAUGGUGCUGAAGAAAUCAUCAAGUUUGUGUUCCCAAAAUUAGAGAAACUUUGCUUACGAUAUCUACCACAACUUGGGAGUUUCUAUCCAGGAAUGCAUACUUACAAGUGGCCGUCAUUGACUCGGGUGGAGAUUAUUGAAUGUGAGAAAAUGGAGAUUUUAGCCGCCGACAUUUCAACAUUCCAUCAUCAACAUGAUCAAGCCACUACUAGUCCUAAACCUCUCUUUCUUAUUGAAAAGAAAGAUCGCUACAUUUAGCUGAAGAAGAAAAAGAAGAUGAUGAUUAUAUUGUAUACAAAUCAAUCUAGAAUGGAUGAAGGAAACCAAGUGAAGCUGUCCGCUGAUGCAGUAUAUUGACGAAACUUUUCCCAUUUUCUAUGGCAAAUUUCUUCUUGCAACUCAGAAGAGAUUUCUGCUCAAGAAAAAGAAGAUAAUGUAUAACAUUCAUCAAGACAUAUAUCCCAUUGAUUCCUAUCAAUUGAAAGUUCUGAGACUGAAAUUUUGUCAGUUUCUCCUCUAGAGGUGGCAGCGAAGAUGUGAUUCCUAAUAAUUCCACACUUUUAAAUUGGAAGGCAUAUAUAUAUUUAUGUUCAUGCUUUCGAUUACUUACUGCU